CGCCAUCUCUGGGUAAACAGUGGAAGCGAAUCACGCAGCAGAUAAUAUUGUGGCGUGCGGAGCGGAGCGGGAGCAGGAGCGCGCGACAAACAGCAGCAGCAGCAGCAGAAGAAGCAAAGCAGGAGGCAGGAGGCAGAAGGCGGGGGCUAUGCUGCCUGCUACAGCGGACAUACACGGCGUUUGUGCAGGACUGACGCUUUGUUCGCCCCGGACUGUCACCCCCCCAGAGCCCGCACUGACAUCUCGCCGCGCUCGCGCGCCGCUCCGGGGGACGGGACCGCACGCUCCGAGUCCGAUGGGAUUUUAAUGGUGCAGACGGCGGGACGCGCUCGCCUGUGCACGGCCAAGGGGAACUGUGGUGCGCUCGGUAAUGUUUGCCAGGGAAUAAAGCGGUGUAGCCGAAGGUGCACAACAUCUCGUUUCCAUGGACAACACGUCCAUAAUAACACAGGUUGCAAAUCCGAAAGAGGAGGAGAGCAUUUCUUCAAGUCCAGAUAAAGUCUCCCAGUCCAACAGCAGCCUAAAGAAGCACCGCAGUCGGAGCAUAUUCAGCCCCUUUUUCUGCUGCUUCCGUAACUACAAUGACUACCGUGUGGAGCCGCCGCCCGCCAACAACAAGACACUCUCUCUGCCCCCGCCGCCGGAGGAGAACGGCAGUCCUCCCAAGUGUGACCAGGUCCAGGUCAUCCCCAUACCCAGUCCUCCAGCCAAGUUCCUGCUGCCGGAGGUCAGUAUAGCGGACUAUGGCAAGAACUGCGUGGUGAUCGACUUGGACGAAACACUCGUGCACAGCUCCUUCAAGCCCAUCAGCAAUGCAGACUUCAUCGUUCCGGUGGAGAUUGACGGCACUGUACAUCAGGUGUACGUCCUCAAGAGGCCUCACGUGGACGAGUUCCUCCAGAAGAUGGGGGAGUUGUUUGAAUGCGUCCUCUUCACAGCCAGUUUAGCCAAGUACGCCGACCCCGUGGCGGACCUGCUGGACCAGUGGGGGGUGUUUCGAGCCCGGCUCUUCAGGGAAUCCUGUGUUUUCCACAGAGGAAACUACGUCAAAGACCUCAGCCGGCUGGGCCGAGAGCUCAGCAAAGUCAUCAUCAUAGACAACUCACCUGCCUCCUACAUCUUCCACCCCGAGAACGCCGUUCCGGUGCAGUCCUGGUUCGAUGACAUGACGGACACGGAGCUGCUGGACCUCAUCCCUCUGUUCGAGGGCCUCAGCAAGGAGGAGGACGUUUACAGUCUGCUGCAGAGCCUGAGGAACAGGUAGCAGACGGCGGCUCCAGCUGGCCCCCACCUCGCCGCCGCCGCCGCAGCCAGCAGCCUCGCUCCCGUCCCACCGUCAGCUCCCGGCGCGGCUCUCCCAGUCGGAGGCUUUCAGGCAAAAUGAUCACGAUCAAAUCUAGAGAAAGCAGCAGAACGGAAUCUCUCACCGUCUCUGGAUUCUCGGACUCUUUGUACAGGACUCGGACUGAGUGAAGAUUAUAUUCCUGUAUGUACAUACAUAAAUGUUUCUAAGAGCAAGACGUACAUAAAGUAAUUUUUCUAACAGAGAACGGAGGUUUUACUAUUCUAUCAAGUAAUAUUUUAGUUACCAAAAACAAUCAAACACACAGAACAAUGUUUUAUUGUUUUUUUUCCUAGAAUGGACGACCUUUUUUUUUUGUUUUUUUGUUUGUUUUUGUGUUGAACAGUGCUAUGCAGGCUGUUGUUUCACGUCUGACUUUUUUGUUCAAACGACUGUGAUUUAUCUUCUCUAACAGAAUGAAGUGCCUUCAUUACUGUGCUGAUUUUGUUGCGUCGGGUUACGGCGUGCAGACCUUUAUGCUGCACAUCUACUCAAAUCUCCAAAAGUGUAUCAAUUAAAUCUUAAAAUUGAAGUUGGGAAAUGAGUCUUUGAUAACUGUCAUGUAAUCUGAGAAUCUAGACCCCGAGAUCUGGGUGAUUUUUUGAUUUUGAGUUUAGUAGCAUUGAAUUGUUAAAUUUACCAAAGAUUUGAACAAUUCAAUGUGAUUGUGACAAAAAAAAAAGACACUAUUUGAUCCUUGACAGUGAACGUGAAUCAAUCCUUGAAAACGCUGAAUCCCCCAUUU